UAUAAUCUGUACGAUAGGAGCUCAUACUCAAUGGAGUCUGGCGAAAGUAACCUGUCUGCCGCAAAAGCCUGGCUCAAUCGAUUCUUGUCUUUUUGUCGUAGUGCUCUAGAUCAGUUAGACCUAGAGAAAUAUUGGGACAUAAAUGAAUGUCGCGCCUGUCGUGAGAAUGCAGUGAAAGGUGAAUUUAAUGAGUCCAUGAGUGAUGAUGUAGUUUCUCAGUUUGCAUCCAUCAGAUCCUGUUUUUGCUCUCAUCAUUGUUAUCUGAAGUUCUUGAGAAGAAAAAGAAAUGAAAGUUGUUACAACACAUGUUUGUUUCCUGAUUGUAAUAAAACUCGUUUUUGGGAUGAAGAAAGCUAUGAGCUAAAGGACUAUUGUGGAAAAAGACAUGCUAUACAACACAAACAAAUCUUUGAAGCAAUUUGGGUGCCAAAUUCAGUCCACUCUUUGUCAUAUAGUCGAAGGUCUGGACAUCAAGCUAUUUUAUUCUAUGAUAGUCGUGAUCCUUACUAUGAGUUUACUAACUUCUCGUAUUAUCCUGUUGUCAUAGAUGGAGUCCUAUAUCCAACAACUGAGCAUUAUUUUCAAUCUCAGAAGCUUAUUGGAACACCAUAUUGUUUUCAAGUUGCUUCAUUGUCCUCUCCACGUGAAGCAUUUGAAUAUCCUCGUCAGCAAGGAGUGAGGGACUGGGUAAGGAAAGAUUGGGCAUCAGUCAAAGAUGAUGUCAUGUAUCGUGCACUCUUCCAUAAGUUUACUCAGCAUGAUAACCUUCGGAUUUUAUUGCUGAUGACAGAUGACCGGAAACUUAUAGAGCAUUCGCCUUAUGAUAGUUACUGGGGAGAUGGGCCAGAUGGGAGGGGUCUUAAUAAACUUGGAGAGCUAUUAAUGGAUCUUCGAUAUUUUCUUCGAGCAGAGAUAAAAUGUUUUAAAACUGACACUGUGUCUGAGCAUACCAGUGAAAAUGACGUGGGGAGCAACACACAUAAUUCACCAUCAUCAGAUGAAGACCGAAUGGACACCCAAGAUAACAGCGGACAGUUAAAUGAUAGUGCAAUGCUAAGCAUUACAAUACAACCAGAAUCCAGUGAUGCUGCAGCUAGUGAUGACAAUGGAAGCAGUAGCCUUAAUAGGUUGAAUGAAAAUAAAACUGAAGAUCAAACUUCAUGUCUUAUCAUUGAUAAUGAAUUUAUAGAUGAGACCCAGGUCUAAUUUUAAGAAUUUUUUUAAUUUUAAA